UACAUCCUCUGCUUGGCGUGAAGUUAGCAGAGCAGAGUGAGCGACAAUGUCACCGCUCACACACAUACUGACUACAGCAGGCAGGAGGGCAGGGAUGGUACUGACUGCAGUACAUACACGGCGGCAUUCCUCUCUUACAAGUACGUUUGAACGUGGAAUUUUUCACUCUUAGCUGAACUGAUCGAAAACAUGGAUAAGAAAGCAACCUGGGACCGGCUCUACACUGAAAACAGCAGCAGGACGACCAGUUUCAAAAACUUUGAGUGGUUCUUUGGGUUCGACUCGGUCCAGGACUUCAUCAUGCCCUUCCUACAGGACGAAUCCCACUCAGAGUCCCUGCUCCAAGUGUUGGAUAUGGGCUGUGGUACCUCCGCCUUGGGCCCCUGUAUAUACAGACACUCUGUUGUCCCAGUCCAGGUCACAUGUGCAGACAUCUCCCCAGUAGCUGUGCGUCUAAUGCAGGAACACGUCCGAGCCAAAGCCAUCAACCCUCACCACCCUUCUUCCCUGCUUGAAUUUCUAGAGCUGGACUGCACACAGCUCCAUGGGCACUAUGGUUGUUCCAGCCUGGACCUUAUAGUGGACAAGGGCACCACAGACGCCUUGCUGAGGUCCAGGGAAGGUAGAGGGAAGGCCAGCCAGGUGCUGAGGCAGUGCCUGAAGGUGUUGCGGAGCUCUGGGUCUCUGCUUCAGUUUUCUGAUGAGGACCCGGAUGCCAGAUUGCUCUGGCUGGAGACUGAGGGGCAGGAGCCGGGAGGGAUGGCAGCAGACGUACGGGUACAGGAAGUUGGGGAGCUGCGAGGAGUGUGUUAUUACUGCUACCAUGUGACUCCUCGCCCUGUUGAGCAGUAGUUGCUGUGCUGCCUGUGCCUCAUAUGGAUCAUCAGUGCGAAUAAAUUAUGUGACGUAUGAAAAAUGAUCUGUGUCAUUUUUGUUAACUUAAUGUCAGUCAUUACAAUGAUCAGUACGGAAUCGUUACUGUCAUCUCUCCUUAAUUUUAUUCAUAUGACUCGUAAGCCUUUUGGCAAUAAGGCCAGGCAAUUGUACGAACACACACACACAGAUUAACACUUAACCACACUUAUCCAUUAUUAACUAAAAAUUAUGUUAGUUUAGGGUUAAGUGCCCAUAUGUUGACACACUCUCCCUCCACACUGGCACUUCACUAAGGAGUGACGCUCCUCAUCGAGUCACACUCUGGGCUGCAGAGGGAACUCCUUGAGAGGGAGGGGAUAAAAACAUGGGUAAACUCAUAGAUGUCCUCAUCACUUGCCACUUGAAGCAGGAAACAGCUGUUGCCAUGGUUACUGAGAAACAUCUUCCUGACAGAGUGUUCUUUCUAAAGUGGAAGGAUGCUAUGUAAUGAGCUUUAGAAAUGUAUUUCAAGUAAAAUGUGUGAUAUUUGUAUUACAGA